AUGUCCACAAUCGAAGUCACCCAUGAGGCUGAGCAGUGGGACUGGCCUCUUCAAUCCCACGAAGGAGUAGUUAAGAUCAUAAAUACCAACGACAAGUUCGAAGUUGGACUAGACGCCCAAUUCUUCUCGCCAAAGGAUAUCGAAGUGAAAGUGUGCGGACAGGAUCUCUUGAUUCACUGUAGACACGAGAUUGGUGAGUUGCAGCUGCGUUCCGAUGAGCUUGGGUCGAUCGCUCGUGAAGUACACCGUGCGUAUAAACUGCCAAAUGAUGUCGACGUCACUUCCGUGAAAAGUCAUCUGACGAACAGAGGAGUCUUGAGCAUCACUGCAAAUAAAAUCGCCAAGUAA